AUGAUCUACCUUACAUUCACUCUUCUGCUAUUUAUACCCGCAUUCAUUGCGUCGCCCUUUCAUCAUCAUCUACAACGUCGAGAUGUCACUACAGUCUAUCAACCGACCACCAUAUAUCAAACUGUAGUGGCAAGCACACUUGAAGGCGCGUACCGAAAAACUAGAAAAGUAUACAAACACCGCCAUGAAGUGAUUAAGCAGGAUCGUCAAGUGUUUGAAGAUGAAUUGGAGCAGCUCAGUCAGCAAUUGGAUCCAUACAGGGAAUACACACCAGGGCAAGCUGCAAGAUACCGACAGGAUGUUGAAGAGGAAUACGACCCAGACGAAGAGCUUAUCCUGCGCGAAGUUGAUUUCGACAUUUAUAUUGUGGAUGUGGAGGAAUAUGUAGGCACAACUAUCAAAGGCGCUGGAAAAGCUGCUUUUACGCUGCUCAAUGACACCAUCAUCAAUGGCCAUGAAUUAGCUACAACCACACUAUGA